AUGAGGUCCUGGACUACCACAGUCAUGAAAAAUCCAUUGAAGGUUUUAAUUUGGAUAUGCCUGCAUCCUAUUUUCUCUUUUCUGCUCAUCAUCACAGCAUUAUUUUCCACAGCAGGAGGCAGCACAAGUACAUUUCAGUCCAUUAGAGAUGGCCAGACUAUAGUUUCAACUACUGGAAACUUUGAGCUUGGAUUUUUUAGUCCUUCUACUGGUUCUAAUAACCGAUACGUUGGGAUAUGGUACAAGAAGAUAUCAACUACCAUAGUAUGGGUUGCCAAUAGAGAAGCACCCCUUAAUGAUUCAUCAGGUGUUCUGCAGGUCACCAACCCUGGAAUUCUUGUCCUCCUCAACCAUAACAAGAGCAUAGUUUGGUCCUCAAACGCAUCACGAUCUGCACAGAAUCCAGUGGUCCAGCUUUUGGAUUCAGGAAAUCUUGUUGUAACAGAUGGCAGUGAUACAGACCCUGAGCAGUUCUUGUGGCAAAGUUUUGACUACCCAAGUGAUACACUCCUACCAGGUAUGAAGCUUGGUUGGAACAAAGUUACAAGCUUCAACAGGAUUCUUACAUCAUGGAAAAGUCCACAGGAUCCUUCUUUAGGGAUGUAUACAUAUGAACUUGGUCGCAGAGGAUAUGGAGAAGAAAUUUUGAAGAAGGAGUCAGUUAUAUUAUGGCGGACUGGACCAUGGAAUGGAAUCCGAUUCAGUGGCACGCCUCAUUUAACUCCAAACUCCAUUUUCUCAUACAACCUUGUUUUUGAUGAUCAUGAUGAAGACUAUUAUAUCUUUGAGCUUACUAACAGUUCAGUUUAUUCAAGAGUGAUUCUCACUUCAGAUGGACGUGUGCAGCGUUACACAUGGAUUGAUACAACCCAAACUUGGGGAUUCCUUUAUCAAACAUCUUUAAUUGAUAACUGUGACAAUUAUGCAUUCUGUGGUCCAAAUGGUGCAUGCAGCAUCGAAAGUUCCCCAGUAUGUGGCUGCUUGAAAGGAUUUGUUCCCAAAAAUCCAAAGGACUGGGACACAGUGGAUUGGUCAAAUGGCUGCGUGAGAAGGACUCCACUAAAUUCAGUAAAUUGCAGUGCUGAUUUGUUUAAGAAGUACUCCGCAGUGAAAUUGCCAGACACAGAGCAGUCCUGGUUCAACAGAAGUAUGACUCUCAAGGAAUGUGAGAUGGUGUGCCUGAAAAACUGUUCUUGCACAGCUUAUGCAAAUUUGGAUAUCAGGAAUGGAGGAUCUGGCUGCUUGCUGUGGGUCGGCAACCUAGUUGAUAUUAGAAAUUUAACCGUAAAUGGGCAAGAUAUUUAUAUAAGAAUGGCUGCAUCAGAACUAGGCCUGGAUCAGGACAACAUAGUUAUCAAUGCUAAAGGCUCUGAAUCUAAGAAAGUUAGAAUCAUACUAUGUGGUACUCUGUUGCCUACUGGACUGCUGAUCGUGGGCAUAGCCCUGGUAUUUUAUUUCCGGAAGCAGCAACGCAAAAAAUAUGGGAAAAUGAGGGGCAGCAAAAAAGAAGAUUCAGAAUUCACAUCAAGAGAAGAAGAUUUAGAUCUUCCCUCAAAAAAGGAAGAUUUUGAACUUCCACUAUUUGACUUGGCUACUGUCGUUUCUGCCACUGAUAAGUUCUCCGAGAACAGCAAACUUGGAGAAGGUGGAUUCGGAACCGGUAUAUUGAAAGAUGGACAGGAAAUAGCUGUGAAGAGGCUCUCUAAGCAUUCUACCCAAGGACUGGAUGAGUUCAAGAAUGAGGUUACACAUAUUGUCAAACUUCAGCACAGGAAUCUAGUAAAGCUUCUAGGGUGCUGCAUUCAGGAAGAUGAAAUGAUGCUGAUCUACGAAUUCAUGCCUAACAAAAGCUUGGACUUCUUUAUUUUUGAUCAAAGAAGAAUCUUCUUACUAGAUUGGCCUAAGCGCUUUGACAUUAUUAAUGGUAUUGCUCGGGGGAUCCUUUAUCUUCAUCAGGAUUCUAGGCUGAGGGUAAUUCACAGAGAUCUCAAAGCAGGCAAUAUCUUAUUAGACAGUGAAUUCAACCCAAAAAUCUCAGACUUCGGCCUGGCUAGAAGUUUUGGAGGGAAUGAGACUAAAGCGGAAACGAAUAAAGUAGUCGGAACAUAUGGUUACAUGUCCCCAGAAUAUGCAAUUGACGGGUUCUACUCCACAAAAUCAGACGUGUAUAGUUUUGGUGUUUUGAUUCUGGAGAUAAUAAGCGGGAAGAGAAACAGAGGAUUCCUUCAUCCAGGCCACAAGCUCAACCUGCUUGGACAUGCAUGGAACUUACACAUAGAAGACAGAUCCAUUGAAUUGCUUGCUACAACAAUAGGGGACUCUAUUAAUCUACAAGAAGUUCUGCGAACGAUCCAUGUGGGUCUUUUAUGUGUCCAGCAAAAUCCACAAGACAGGCCAAGCAUGUCGGCUGCAGUUCUAAUGUUGAGUGGUGAAGGUGUGCUGCCUGUACCUGAGAAACCUGGUUUCUAUAAUGAGAGGGUUCUAACUGAACUCCAAGUCGAUUCUUCUUCACAAGCAUGUUCAGUUAAUGUACUCACUUCCACCCUGUUCGAGCCUCGUUAAUUCGUUAACUGAUAUUUCAUGUUGGUGUAAUCAGUAAUCACAAUCCAUUUGUCUUUGGAAUGAGAUGAAGUUAAUUAGUUAAAUGAAAGUAUGUAAAUUCUCGAGUA